UUAAAUGCCACGUAAUCUCCCUCUCAUUUCCCCUCAUCCCCCCCACCUUCCCCUCUCGUUUCCCCCCAUCUCCCUCUCCUUUCCCCACGUGCUCCUUCUCAUUCCCCCCCCUUCUCCAUCUCGUUUCCCCCCCGCUCAUUUCCCCCCAUCUCCUCUCAUUUUCCCCCUCUUCCCCUCUCAUACGCUUCUAA